GAGACUUUAUAUGGCUGUACAAACUAACAAAGAAAUUAUCACGAGAUAUAGAUUUUGGUUGGUACCUAUUUAGUUAUAAUGCCUAAGUAAUUGUGCCCAACUUCUGCAAAAUGCUCAGUUCUUUCUGCUAAAAAAAACCAAUGAAUGCCUAGGCCUGACUAGUAUAUAAUUAGUAACCCAAGAUUUUCUUUUUUUGACUCAUUCCUUCAUACCACAAACCCUAAAACUCUCCUUCUCUCUAUCUUCUUCUUCUUUGUUUGAAAAUGAAUCUAGAGGAAAAAGUUUCCAUGGAAUUAGCUCCACCACCAUCUGACCAUCUCUGCUAUGUUCGCUGCAACUUUUGCAACACUGUUCUUGCGGUUGGAAUUCCAUGCAAGAGAAUGCUGGAUACAGUGACAGUGAAAUGUGGUCAUUGCAGUAACCUAUCAUUUCUCACUACUAGACCUCCACUUCAAGGUCAAUGCCUCGAUCACCAAUUGACUCUUCAGAGUUUCUUCAGCGACUUGAGAAAAGGUCAAUCAUCAUCAUCAUCAUCAUCGUCUUCAUCGACAUCAAGUGAGCCGUUAUCACCAAAAGCACCCUUUGUUGUCAAACCACCUGAGAAGAAACACAGGCUUCCAUCUGCUUAUAAUCGCUUUAUGAAGGAGGAGAUACAGCGCAUUAAAGCUGCCAAUCCUGAGAUACCGCACCGAGAGGCAUUCAGCACUGCAGCUAAAAAUUGGGCUAGGUACAUCCCAAACUCAACAGCAGCUGGAUCAGUAUCUGGGAGCAGCUGCAACACUGGCUAUCAUGUUUUCGCAGGAUUAAUGAAGUGAUGAAUGUGUAAUGGCAUGCUGUAGCUGGCUAAAGAUGAAUGGAGAAUAUGCAUGAUAUGAAGAUUGGUGUUCUUGCCAUUUUAUUGUGUUGCAGUUGAUGUUGAUUUUAUCUGUAUUGGAAUUUAAAUUAUUAGGAAUCCAUAACACUUGUAUUUCUAUGCAUCUAUUAUCUAUUAUAAGCUCGUUUCAAAUAGUACGUUGGUUUGAUAACAUAACUAGGUAGAUGCUAGUGGGGUUGUGC